CAUAAUUUUCUUUUUUAUGUGAACUAUCCCUUUAACUUAAUUUACAUGAACAAGUCCUUCCCGAAACUUUUAAUAUAUAUGAUUAUAAUGCCUUUCAUUGUUUACUUGGUCUAUAUUGUUUUAAACAGCUUAAAAGUAGAGUGUCAUCCAAGAUGUUUAUUUUUGUUGAGUAAUCGAUGUAUUAACAAAUAUGGGUGGUGUUACUUAAAACCACAAAGAUAUGUUUAAACAUGUAUAUAUUUGUAAAAUAUACUAUUCUGCUAAACAGACAUGUUCAAGGUUGUAGAAUUUGUUGAAACCCAUGAGGUGGAGAUGGUCCCAGCUAUUUGGGUGAAGGAUGGAGAGUGCUGUUGGCCUAGUUCUUUGAGAGGCAUAGCCCUUCACCAGGCUAUUAAAAACAAGAUGCCUCCCCAUUCUGACUGGGAUCGAUGGGAUGUCAGAACAAUGUUUUCAACAGACAGCUAUGAAGAGGGCAGGAAAAAGGCUAAGGAAGCAGAAACAUUUUCAGACCUCCAAUCAGACGCAGAACUGUGUGGACAAAGACCACCAAGGCGUAAAACGAAGAAUGUCCGCAUUGGACCCCCUGGAGGUCAGGCUGGUUGCUUGUUGGAUUCAGAGGAUGAGUGUGCCCCACCACCUAAACAAAUUCAUCCACCUGCCCCCAUCAUAAACUUCCCUACAAACAACCCAGCCACCACUCUACCUGCAGCACCACCACCACCAUUUCAUGGCUCCUUUACAGAGAUGCUGCAGAACUGGCAGCCUAUUGAAGAUAUUCCAUCACUGCCAGACUGUCGAACAUUUCAAGUCCCUCCACAGCAAACAUCAGAAAGAGCACUGCCAGACUGUCGAACAUUUCAAGUCCCUCCACAGCAAACAUCAGAAAAAGCACUGCCAGACUGCCGAACAUUUCAAGUCCUCCCACAUCAAACCUCAGAAACAGCCAUGCUGAAGGAGGUUUUAACCAAAUUAGAGAUGGUGUUAGACCAACAAUCCACUAUCCUUAGAUUGCUGCAGCUGCGGGAGGUUCAAGUGCAGGCUUUAGAUAUAGAGGAAAGUUUACUGCCCCUCAAAGAACUUCCUCAGCUGCUUAGUCUGGAGCAAAGGGUGCAGCAGAGCCCAGAUUACAAGCAAAAACUGGUUAACUGGUUGGGCCUUAUUGGGGGUACAGACGUCAGAGACUGCACAUGGCGUAUUUUGAAGAGGGUGAUUGCCAACUCCCUCGCCAAAAACCUCAAUUGGAGGGGAGUAAAUGGAAAGACCUCAUUUGCCACCCUCCAACUUAGAGCGAUAGUGAUUGAUGCAGUUCGGAAAAACCCACUUACACUUAAUGCUGCUGAAACAGAUGUGGAGGGGACAAUAAAGAGGUGGCUCCAGCUGGCAGGUGAUCGAGAGGGUGGGCGGAAGAGACGUCUUUUGCAAAAGGAAAGCAUUUAGUAUGCGCGCCUGUGUUUGUUUUUGCAAAAUAUUUUGUUCUGUAUAAAGAGUGGUGGUGUUUUGGUGAGUAGGUGUGGGAAUGUUUUUCCUUAAAUAUUGUUAAUAAAUUGGUUUACCCUGUUUAACUUUUUUGAAUGCUUAAAAAUGUUGUGGUUAAUUUUUUGUACGCCAUGUAUUUGUGUUUGUAAGUUUUAUUUUUUAUUGUUGUAAAAUUACUUGCUGGGUGCGCGUGUGUGUGUGUGUGUGUGUGUGUGUGUGUGUGUGUGUGAGAGAGAGAGAGAGAGAGAGAGAGAGAGAGAUUUUUUUCUUUAAAUGUAAAUUAAUUAGUUUUACAUGUUAUCUUACUGUUAUUGCUUAGUAUUGAUUCUAAAGUGUUUGUAAAGUUACUAUUUGUUAAUAAUUAAUAAAUGUUCAGAUUACAAUGUACUUUGUUAAUUGUGUUAAAUUUUUGUGUUCACAUUAUAGUGUGUGUGUGUGU